UAUAUAUUUUGUGUGACCUCUUCAUCAGAAGUUUCCCAAGAAAGAACUCUAUCCGAACGGGAAGGAUAUGUUUUGGGAAAGCAUGAAGGGUUUCUCAGUUCCCAGUCACCUGAUCAGCUAUGCUGGUCUUCUGUCAGACACACAUACGCAACCAGACCUACAAAUCACCUCUCUACAUGGUUGCUGUUGUUGUGUAUUGUCUGCAUGCAUGUACCCUGUGUGUGUUUGUGAGUCUCAGGAGAACAAUAGUCUGCUCACCGCUCCGCAGUGUCUCCCCUCCCUUCUCCGCAGGAUAUAAGAUCCAUAACCUCACCCUGACGCCGGCACAUGAGAGGCUGUCUGUGGGGGAGAGACUGGUGCUCAACUGCACUGUCAACACAGAGCUCAACGUUGCCAUUGACUUCACCUGGACACACCCUCUCAGCCUGGCCCCAGUGAAUGGCUCUGUGCGGGCCUAUACCACGUCACACAAGAAGAAGCUAAUGUGA